GAGGCUAUUGUCUCCUGGGAGUUCUUAUUUUUUCCAUCUUUACCAACAGUUUUCUACUGUAGCUUCUUCUUCUUCUUCGUUAUUGUUGUGGAGAGCGACAGAGAGAGACUAAUGGAGUGGUACAAGAGCAAAGAGGUGGUGGAAGAAGUGGGAGUGAUUGGGGGUUUGAUCGUGAUUCAAUUUUUGUAUGCGAGCAACUCAGUGAUGCUGAGCUACCUCAUGUCCCUUGGCCUCAACCCUCUCACUUUUGUCUACUUCUCUUCCUUUGCCACCUUCCUUGUUCUCUCCCCCGUUGCCUUUUCGUUUGAAAGGAGCAUGUGGCCCAAGAAGCUCAGCCUGAGGUUGAUGGUUCAACUUGUUCUCAUCUCCUUUUCAGGGGUGACUCUGUUCCAAACUCUGUUCGUGAAGGGGGUUAAAUUGACUUCACCAGCCAUCGCAACCGCCAUGCUGAACCUUGCUCCUGGGCUUAUCUUCGUCAUCGCAUGGAUUACUCGGUUGGAGAAAGUUAAGUUAAGUUGCUUGUACAGCAAAGUCAAAAUAUUAGGCACGGUGUUGUGUGUUUCGGGGGCCGUCACAAUGAGCCUAUGUAGUGCCGCUGAAGAGGCUUUCCACUCAUCUCUCGCGAGAGAUACGACUUUCGACCAACAAAAGAUCAUCGGUUGCUUCUAUCUUAUUGCAGCGGUCCUUGCCCUAUCAAGCAAUUCCAUCCUGCAGGCAGUCGCUUUGGCCGAAUUUCCAGCACCAAUCUCAAUGUGCGCUAUCAUGUCCUUGAUUGGUGCAAGUAUGACUGCAGCUGUACAGUUAUUUGAAGACCACAAAUUGGACAAUGGCUGGCCGUUUUUGAGCUUCGGCAAGUUGGUCGCCUUUUCUUUUCUGGGAGGUGGCAUCGGCGGAUCGUGCAUAGGCUUCACAUGUUGGGCCAUAAAAAAGAGAGGGGCAGUCCUUCCUUCUAUGUUUAACCCCAUCGCAACCAUCUGCUCGGUUAUAUACUCAGCCAUAAGAUUGGGAGACACGAUCAACAUGCCAAGUCUCGCCGGCAUGGUCCUCAUGUUCACCGGCCUGUAUUCCGUGCUUUGGGCAAAAGUGAAAGAGGGUUAUCAGCCAAAUGAAGAAGAUUGCUUCGAGAGUGGGUUGCAUGCAGAGAAGCCUCUCUUGAGUUGAGUAAUACAGAUGCGGAUUUUCGCGAAAGCAUCUUUUUUUCUCCAUCAUUUUGGUUGAAGAAAGAAAGAGCAGCUUCUUGCAUGUGACAGAACCCAUCU